AUGCUGGAUCACGUUAAGCGAGAGCAUCCGACGUGGAAAGACGACCCGAAUAUUCUAAUUACCAAGAAUGAUGCUGCCAUGUCCUUGUUGCAUUUCAUAUCUACGACACAAGUUCUGAUAGCGGAUAAGGAAACUUUUGAUACGGAUAAGCUUCUACUAGUUUACCUAGACGCGAAGCAGAAUAUCACCAUGCAAGGUCGCAUGGAGAUUACAGAAGAGAGACUGGACCAACUCGCAGUUGACUGGGGCCAGGGAGCGCAGCCAAGUGAAUUAUUUCGGGAAGGAGCUCUUGGCGAAGGUUACUUGGUUAAUAGUGAACCCGGCAAGCAGCUGUACCAGUGGACAAAGCAGGACCUGGAGGAUGACCCAACUUUAGCUGUCUCAAGGGCCGUAGACGGUGUCUCACAUAUGGAGGUCUAG